AUGUCGCACCGUCAACCUGAUGAGACUUACUUCAUCGAGGACGAUUCACACGCAACGAAAAGAAAGUAUCACCAAGCGGCUCUCGCCAGCAAGCGUAAGCAAGAAGCUAUGGCCAACGAACUAUCGCGUCAAGCUUGUGAAACCUACAUGGAUGACAUAAUGAAGCAUAUGUAUGAAAUGGAGCUUCUAACGUUGCCGGACGUUGCUUCCAUAGACAUUCAACAAGAGAUACAAUGGUUUAUGCGUCCUUACCUUAUAGAUUUCCUGGUCGAGGCGCAUGCUGCCUUUCAACUUCUUCCUGAAACUCUUUUCCUAGCUAUAAAUCUACUCGACAGGUAUUGCUCAAGAAGAGUCGUUUACAAGAGACAUUAUCAAUUGGUUGGAUGUGCAUCGCUGCUCAUUGCUGCAAAAUACGGUGACAGAAAAGACAGAGUUCCUCUCAUCCGCGAAUUAAAGUCAAUGUGUUGUAAUUUAUAUGAUGAGGAUAUGUUCUCGCAAAUGGAAUGGCAUGUCCUUAACACUUUAGAAUGGAUGAUAGGACACCCAACAGUCGACAGUUUCCUACAAAUAGCAGUCCAGGAUGGCAAUAAUAAAGAAGAGAUAGCUGUAGUUGAACAUAUGUCGUCAUACAUCUGCGAAAUUGCAACAUAUCACAAGGAAUUCGUCUCCAAGAAGCCAUCUGUUAUGGCAGCCGCAGCUCUAACACUGGCACGAGGUAUCCUUGGUCGCUCUAGCACGUGGGAGGUCCAGUGCCCAGAUGUUCGUCUGACUUUGCUCGAACUAUCAAGAAAAGUUGAUUGCCCGUCACAAGUCCUAUAUCGAAAGUACGCCUCACCACAAAGCUCUCGCGUUGCUCUUAUCGUCGAUCAGUUUCUCAGAGAACAAGAGGUCAUCAGCAGGCAAACACCGACACUGGCACCGCCCACUGGCUCACGGCUCCUUAAGUCUCCGCAAACUGCCGAAAUGUACCCCGGAACACCUCAGAAAUUGCCUUACAGCGGCAACCUAGUCCAUGGAUACAUGACUCCUCCCAUUACGCCUGAUGGCGAAUACUUUGUCGGUGAAAACAAUAGCCGUGGCUCUUGCUCUAACUCUUCGUGCCCCAUAACACCGUCUCCAUGUAUACAGAGUGUACAUCCACCACAUGCAACCAAUAUUUACCAGCAUUCGUGUUUAAACUAG